AUGUCGGCUCAACCACAACACACCCCAGUUCCAAUUAACGAUAUUUCUAAAUUGGCAAUCCCAACAUUACCAAACGUUACCCCACCACCACCAAAGCAAAAUUCAUUUUGGUCAUCCAACCCAGUAUUUUCAUACUUGAAUGAUGUGCAUAACGCCAUAAGUGAACAUCGUGCUAAUUUGGGAUUAACUAACCCAGGAACCAUUGAAAACUUGAACAAAGAAGUUAGUAGAGAUGUUUUCUUGAAUCAAUAUUUCUUCACCGGUUUAAGAGCUGAUUUAAACAAGGCAUUUUCCAUAUCACCUGCUUUCCAAACUUCACAUACUUUGAGUUUGGGAUCACAAGUCUUGCCACCUUAUGCAUUCAGUGCAUUAUUUGCUGCCGAUGAUUACUUCUUACAAGGAAACAUUGAUAAUGAAUAUAAUUUUAGUGGAAGAAUCAAUUAUGGAUGGGAUAAAGCCAAUAUUUCGAAAGUUACAUUACAAUUGGCUCAAUCGCAACCAUCAAUGGUCCAAUUAGAGCAAGACUAUCAAGCUAAUGAUUUCUCCAUCAAUUUGAAAACUUUAAACCCAAGUUUCUUGUAUGAUGGUUUUUCAGGUGUUGCCGUUGCUUCUUUGUUGCAAAGUAUAACUCCCAAAUUUGCUCUUGGUUUAGAAGCAAUGUAUUCUAAACAACCUUUGGCUCCACCAGAUACUGCUGUUUCGUAUGUUGCUCGUUAUAACAAUGCUGGAAAAUGGAUUGCUUCCGCUCAAUUCCAAGGUCAAGGGGCAUUAGUUGCUUCAUUUUGGAGAAAAGUUAGUGAUAAAGUUGAAGCCGGUUUAGAAACUCAAGUUGCUGCCACCGUCAAACAAGUUGCUGAUCCAUUGAUGGGUAUUGGAUUCGAACCAGUUGUUGAAGGUACUACAACCAUCGGUGCUAAAUAUGAAUAUAGAACUGCUGUAUUCAGAGGUCAAUUGGAUUCAAAGGGUAAAGUCAGUGCAUUUUUGGAAAAGAGAAUCUUGCCUACUGUAAGUGUAUUAUUUAGUGGUGAAAUUGAUCAAUUCAAAAACACUUCAAGAUUAGGAUUGGGUUUACAAUUUGAAGCCGCUGGUAAUGAACAAUUGUUGUUGAUGCAACAAGGAUUGGUUGAUGCUAAUGGAAACCCAGUUCCUGGUGCUCCAGCUCCUGCGUUAUAA